GAUGAAUAUGGAUCUUUUAUUUUAACAAUGGGAUCUAGAGAUUUGCCUGUUACAACUCCAGAAAUAAAUACAUACUGUUUAUCUAUUGUUCCAAUUAGUUUUAAGUAGCAGUUUGAAAAUCAGCCCCAUGACUUUUUAAAAAAUGUUAAGAUAAAUAAAACUUUCAAGAGUAGACUAGAUUUAAGGGAGAAACCAUAUGUAAGGUUUUCAGAUAAUAGAGUUAACUGAACUUACUUAUUAAAGGGAUCUAUAAUUAUAAUGCAUUCCCAGAUGUUCUACAAGCAGAAGUCAGGCAGCAAUGUUUUACAUCAUUGUAUUUGGUUCUACUGUAUUGGGGCCCCUACACUGUACAUUUUAUUCAAACUCAAUAUGUUUUACAAAUAGUAGUAGCAAUCACUUCAUGUACUGCUGUAAUGAGGCUGCAUCUUCCGCAGAGCAUGUUAAAUGUUUGGUAUUGCACAGAAAAGAAGAUGGACAAAAAUUCUUUCCAUGGAAGGAAAAGCCUGUCUGGCAAUGCCUGUGGAUUUCAGUGGAACCUGGAUCCUUACCAGCAAUGACAACUUUGAGGGUUACAUGCUGGCCUUAGGUAUUGACUUUGCAACACGCAAGAUAGCAAAAAUGCUGAAGCCGCAGAAAGUAAUCAAACAGGACGGUGACUCAUUUUCUAUCCAUACUACUAGUACAUUCAGAGAUUACUCGCUCGAGUUCAAAAUUGGAGAAGAGUUUGAAGAAGAUAAUAAAGGUCUGGAUAACAGAAAAUGUAAGAGCCUAGUUACCUGGGAUAACGACAAACUUGUCUGUGUUCAAAUUGGUGAGAAGAAGAACAGAGGAUGGACUCACUGGAUUGAAGGAGAUGACCUCCAUCUGGAGCUUCAUUGUGAGAAUCAAGUAUGUAAACAAGUAUAUAAGAGAGCUUGAAUAUUUGAGUAAUGGCUCCUACCUGGAAAGACAGCUAUACACAAAAGACCAUGGAUCAUCACUUCCAGCUAUGGAUUCACAGACAAGAAUUCUGAUUCUUUGUACCUGUUAACCCAAACAGUCUGAUGUUUCUGACUCAGGAAGUGUUUGCUGUUGCCAGCGUUGAAUAUGAUUUGUUUUUUCUCCUCUAAUAAACACUCAAAAAUAAACUAAUCUUAAAUA